CUUCCUGUAUAGAAAACACUCCGCAUUAAUUCUGAAUGUGGGGAAUAAAUACGCUAAUUAAUACAAAUGAGAAGUCGAAUAACCCAAUUCAAAAAAAAUAUAAAAAAAGUUUAUACACUCAUAAUUAUAUUUCUUUAAAUAUCAUUUUACUUUAAAGAUAACUUGUAUAUUUUAAUAGGUGUUUUCAAAUAAAAUAGUCAUGUCGAUUGUAGGCAUUACUGCUAGUGAUAAACCACCUACAACGCAACAAUUGUUUGUAUGCCCCAGUUGUUCUAAAAGCUUUACUAGGAAGGAUUAUUUAUAUCGUCAUGAAAAGAAUCAUUCAGAAGUUAAGCCAUUUAAAUGCGAUCAGUGCAAUUUAUCGUUCACUAGGAGUGAUUUACUCACAAAACAUUUUAGAUCGAAAUCUCAUCAAAAGACAAGGAAUGACUUAAAUAAUGGAUAUAAAGAUAAUACUAAUGGAAAUCUUGUUGAAAAUAAUAGAGAUAUUAUUAUGCCUAAGCAUCCUCCUCAUAGAAUAGAAAAAAGAAACUUUGACUAUAUGGUUAAUAAUUCUUCAAGUUCUUCUAUAAUAAGUAAUAAUCUUUUACAAACAUCUAGACUUAAUCAAUUCAAUAAAGAGGGUCAACUCAAGAAAUAUAAAAAAUUAGAAAUAUCAAGUUUUUUAAAUCGACGUUUUAAUGAUGAAAAAAUACCAGCUCCUCCUCCUCAACCUUCAAUCAUUUUACCAGCUAUUUCAAAAAAAUCUGUUAAUGAUAAUUCAUCAAUAAAUCCUUCAAAUGCGUUCAUGACUCAUUCACUAGAGAAUAUUAAAGAUGCACAGUCGAAUAUUUAUGAUAAUCAACAACAACAAAGAAAUAGUAAUCAUCAUUUAAAUUCUCAAAAUGCUUCAAGUCAGACUCCCACUUCUUGCACUAACCAUAGAAACGAUAUUCCUGGUGGGAUGGAUGCUCCAUACGGAACUAUAGAUAACAAUUUAUUAUGGUUAUUUAAUGAUACCACACCAGGAGAUAAUCUAUACUGGUUAUUCAGUGAUAUAACACCAUUGGAAAAUAAUAAUAAUGGAAGUGGAAAUAAAUUAGUGAACUCUAAACUAAGAUCGGAAUCAUUUACUACACCAAAUUCAAAUAUAUACCCAAAUAAUAAUCACGUCGAUAUAGCGUCAAUUAUGUACCAAAAUUUAUAUAAUGAAAGUACCAAUACAAAUAUUAAUAAUAAUAAGAUAAAUAUGACUGAAGCAACAAAAUCAAGAAUUAUCGAUAUUUUUCCGUCGGUUAACCAAUUAACAAAAGUUUCAUUACAAAGAUUUGAAGAAUAUUUAGAUUUAUAUUGGUUUAAUUUUGCUCAAACUUUCCCAAUAAUUCAUCAAGCAACUUUCAAUCCUAAUACAAUGAGUAUAUAUUUAUUAAUAAGUAUGAUCGUCAUUGGUAUGGCACAUUCUUUAGAUAAACUUGAAUAUGAAACUUCGAUUGCAAUUAAUAAAAGAUUUAGAAGAAUCAUUUAUGAUGUAAUUGAAGAUAAUACCGAAUUACCUUUACUGUUAAUGCAAGCAUUAAUUUUACACAAUUUUUCAGCAAAGAAUUUUGGUGAUACUCAUUUAAGUAAAAUUGCCCAAAUUGAUCAUGGUGCAAAUAUAAUGUAUUUAAAAUUUAGUGGAUUUUUAAAUAAUUUAACCGAACCAGUUGUUCAUAAUCCAUCAAAUAAUGCAAGUUUAGCUGAAUUAACAGAACAAUGGCAAAACUGGAUUGAUUAUGAGAGUUGUAAAAGAGCAGUAUUUUUUGAAUUUAUUUGUGAUACUCAACAUGUAACAUUUAGUAAAAUAAGAUCAUUAUCUGCAUUUGAUAUUAAAUUUGAAUUACCAUGUAGUGAUGAGGUUUGGAAUUCUGCUGAUCCAGUUAAGUUUUUUGAAGAGUAUCAAAAACAACCAAAAGGUUUAGGAGUUAGACAAAUAAUCGAUACUUCUGGCAAUUAUUGCUAUAAGAAUGAAGAAUCUGAUAUUAUGAAUGGAGAAAGUAAGAAGGAAAAUGUCUAUUGUUAUGAUAAUGCUAAUUUUACUAAUACUAAUAUUAAUUUUGAAAAUUUGUCUCCUUUUUCAAAGACUGAAGGUUUAUCAGCGGUUUUUACAAUAUCAAGAAAUUCAACCGAUUUACCUAAUGGGUCCAAUACUUCAAAUUCCCAGCCAUUAAUUAAUAUGGUAAGUAAAUGGCCAACAUUCUUGUGGUGUUUAAAAUCCAUGAUGACUACAUAUAAAGCAAAUCAAAAAGAAUAUCCUUUGGAUUGUUAUUCAUUAUUUUCAAGAUAUAUAAUUUUACAUGGACUCUUAAGAAUUUGUUGGGAUAUGAGAGGUCGAAAUCUUUUAGAUUUAGGGUUUGUAUCAAAGAGGAGAUUAAGUGAAUUUUUUAAGAAAUUAGAAAAGGCAUUUUUAAAUUGGAAAGGUUAUUUCGAUUUACAUGUUAAAUUGUAUGAAAAGCAAGUAGAAUCAAAGGAAGAAAUGAAUGAAAAAGGAUCUUCAAAUAAUCAUUUAAUAUUAUCAUUAAAUAAUUAUGGGCCAACUAAUGCUUCAUGGGCAAAUAUUAGCUUUUAUUAUACAGGAUUGUUUUGUCUUUAUGCAGAUAUACCUUCUGUUACAGUAUUUGCAUCUGAAUAUAAAAACUUUCAUUUUGUUACUAAAACAGAAUAUAAGGGAAUUAAAGAAAUGGAAUAUGAAAGAAACAAAUUAAUUAUUGAACAAUGGGCAAAAUCAAUUUACGGUGAAUUAGCAUUAAUCGAAGCUUGUAAAUUUUUAAGAUUAGUAUACCAAAAUGAAGAAACGAUUAACACUUUCUCACAUAUACCACAAACAGCAUAUCUUGCCGCAUUACUUAUAUGGUGUUAUGAAAUAAAGAGGGAUCCUCCAAACCUUGAAAUAAUGAAUGAAGCAAGACCAGGAGUAGAAGUUAAACAUGAUGAAAUUAAAUUGGAUGCAAGUAAAUAUUUCGAUUUACUUGGUAAUAUCAAUUACAGAUUAUCAAAAAGUGAUGCAUGGGAAUAUUUUUCAACAAUUUUAGAUAUCAAAAAUAAUUUGAAUGAUGAAUACCUAGAGGCUGAAAAUAAUCAUGAGUUUAUUGGUGGAAACUCUUAUGAAGAAUAUAAAGAACGGCAAAUGAAUACAAUUGGGGUAGUUUGUUACGUUUUACAUCUCUUGAGAAAUUGUAAAUGGGUUUAUUCCAUAGAUUUGGUUCAACAAUUGGAACAUGUUAUCAUAACCUACGAUAAAUUAUAAUUGUUUCAUUAUUUUCUAUCUUUAUGCAUAUAUUUAUUUAUAGACCG